AUGGCACAGGCACUGCUGGUACCACCAGGACCUGAAAGCUUCCGCUAUUUUACUAGAGAUUCUCUCGCAGCUAUUGAAAAGCGUUCUGCAGAAGAAAAAGCUAAAAAGCCCAAGCAAGAACAUACAGAUGAUGAUGAUGAAAAUGGUCCCAAACCAAACAGUGACUUGGAGGCAGGAAAGACACUGCCAUUUAUUUAUGGUGACAUACCUCCAGGAAUGGUAUCUGAACCUUUAGAAGACCUGGACCCAUAUUAUAUCAAUAAAAAAACUUUCAUAGUAUUGAAUAAGGGAAAGGCAAUUUUCCGAUUCAGUGCCACAUCUGCCUUGUAUAUUUUAACUCCUUUCAAUCCCGUCAGAAAAAUUGCUAUCAAGAUUUUGGUGCAUUCAUUAUUCAGCAUGCUUAUCAUGUGCACUAUUUUGACCAACUGUGUAUUUAUGACCAUGAGUAACCCUCCAGACUGGACAAAGAAUGUAGAGUACACCUUCACUGGAAUUUAUACCUUUGAAUCACUUAUCAAAAUUCUUGCAAGGGGCUUUUGCUUAGAAGGCUUUACUUUUCUGCGAGACCCAUGGAACUGGCUUGACUUCAGUGUCAUUUUAAUGGCGUAUGUAACAGAAUUUGUAAACCUAGGCAAUGUUUCAGCUCUUCGAACUUUCAGAGUAUUGAGAGCUUUGAAAACUAUUUCUGUAAUCCCAGGCCUAAAGACUAUUGUAGGAGCCCUAAUUCAGUCUGUGAAGAAGCUCUCGGACGUAAUGAUCCUGACUGUGUUUUGUCUGAGUGUAUUUGCACUAAUAGGGCUGCAGCUGUUCAUGGGCAACUUGAGGAAUAAAUGCCUGCAGUGGCCUCCAGACAAUUCUACUUUUGAAACAAGUGUUAUUUCCUACUUCAAUAGCACAAUGGAUGAAAAUGGUACAUUUGUUAAUAUGACAGUGAGCACAUUUAACUGGAAGGAUUACAUUGAGGAUGAAACUCAUUUUUACAUUUUGGAAGGACAAAGAGAUGCUCUACUUUGUGGUAAUAGCUCUGAUGCAGGGCAGUGUCCAGAGGGAUAUAUAUGUGUGAAAGCUGGUAGAAACCCCAACUAUGGUUACACAAGUUUUGACACCUUCAGCUGGGCUUUCUUGUCACUAUUUCGGCUAAUGACUCAGGACUUCUGGGAAAACCUGUAUCAGCUGACACUACGUGCUGCUGGGAAGACAUACAUGAUAUUUUUUGUUCUGGUGAUUUUUCUGGGCUCUUUCUAUCUGAUCAACUUGAUCCUGGCUGUGGUCGCCAUGGCCUACGAAGAACAGAAUCAAGCAACCAUGGAAGAAGCAGAGCAGAAAGAGGCAGAAUUUCAACAGAUGCUGGAACAACUGAAGAAGCAACAAGAAGAAGCUCAGGCAACAGCAGCAGUAGCAGCAGCAUCAGUUGCAUCAAGAGAUUUCAGUGGUGUAGGGGGAUUAGGAGAACUCUUGGAAAGUUCUUCAGAAGCAUCAAAGUUGAGCUCAAAGAGUGCUAAAGAAAGAAGAAACAGAAGGAAGAAAAGAAAACAGAAAGAAAUGUCUGAAACAGAGGACAAAGGAGAUAUCGAUAAGUUCCCCAAGUCCGAGUCAGAAGACAGUAUAAGAAGGAAAAGUUUCCGCUUCUCGACAGAAGGAAGUCAACUGACAUAUGAAAAAAGGUUCACAUCUCCUCACCAGUCUUUGCUAAGCAUUCGUGGUUCCCUGUUCUCACCAAGGCGCAACAGCAAAACAAGCAUUUUCAGUUUUAGAGGUCGUGCAAAGGAUAUAGGAUCUGAAAAUGACUUUGCUGAUGAUGAGCACAGCACUCUUGAAGACAAUGAGAGCAGAAGAGAUUCUCUUUUUGUUCCAAAUCGACACGGAGAACGGCGCAACAGUAAUAUUAGUCAGGCAAGUGUGUCAUCUAGAAUGGUACCAGCCCUUCCAGUAAAUGGGAAGAUGCACAGCACUGUGGAUUGCAAUGGAGUAGUUUCCUUGGUUGGAGGACCUUCAACUCUAACUUCACCUACUGGUCAACUUAUACCAGAGGUAAUUAUAACUAAACCAGGCACCACUACAGAAACAGAAAUAAGAAAAAGAAGAUUGAGUUCUUAUCAAAUUUCCAUGGAAAUGCUGGAAGAUUCUGCUGCAAGACAAAGAGCAAUGAGUAUAGCCAGCAUACUUACAAAUACAAUGGAAGAGCUUGAAGAAUCCAGACAGAAAUGCCCACCAUGCUGGUACAGAUUUGCAAAUACUUUCUUGAUCUGGGAUUGCUGGAGUCCAUGGUUAAAAGUAAAACACGUCGUCAAUUUAGUUGUGAUGGAUCCAUUUGUUGAUCUUGCUAUAACUAUUUGCAUUGUUUUAAACACCUUGUUUAUGGCCAUGGAACAUUACCCAAUGACAGAACAGUUUAGCAGUGUCCUUUCUGUGGGGAACCUGGUAUUCACUGGGAUAUUCACAGCAGAAAUGGUACUAAAGAUAAUUGCCAUGGACCCUUAUUAUUAUUUCCAAGAAGGCUGGAAUAUUUUUGAUGGUAUUAUUGUUAGCCUUAGUUUAAUGGAGCUUGGUCUUGCAAAUGUUGAAGGAUUAUCUGUUCUUCGAUCAUUCAGACUGCUUCGAGUUUUUAAGUUAGCAAAAUCUUGGCCAACUCUAAAUAUGCUGAUUAAGAUUAUUGGCAACUCAGUGGGGGCUUUGGGUAAUCUGACCCUGGUGCUGGCCAUCAUUGUGUUCAUUUUUGCUGUGGUUGGGAUGCAGCUGUUUGGGAAAAGCUACAAGGAAUGUGUCUGCAAGAUCUCCAGUGACUGUGUGCUUCCACGCUGGCACAUGCAUGACUUUUUCCACUCUUUCUUGAUUGUAUUUCGAGUACUGUGUGGAGAAUGGAUAGAAACGAUGUGGGACUGCAUGGAGGUUGCAGGCCAAACCAUGUGCCUUAUUGUUUUCAUGCUGGUCAUGGUGAUUGGAAACCUAGUGGUAUUGAACCUAUUUCUGGCCUUGCUACUGAGCUCAUUUAGUUCAGACAACCUUGCUGCUACUGAUGAUGAUAAUGAAAUGAACAAUCUCCAGAUUGCUGUGGCAAGGAUUCAGAAGGGAAUAGAUUAUGUUAAAAAAAAGAUACAGGAGUUCAUCCAAAAAGCUUUCGUUAGAAAGCAGAAAGCUUUAGAGGAAAUCAAAGCACUUGAAGAGCUAAACAACAAGAAAGACAGCUGCAUUUCCAAUCAUACUGCUGUUGAAAUAAGCAAAGAUCUGAAUUAUCUUAAAGACGGGAAUGGGACCACCAGCGGUGUAGGCACAGGCAGCAGUGUGGAAAAAUAUGUAAUUGAUGAAAACGAUUACAUGUCAUUCAUAAACAACCCAGGCCUCACUGUGACAGUGCCAAUUGCAGUUGGAGAAUCAGAUUUUGAAAAUUUAAAUACAGAAGAAUUCAGCAGCGAAUCUGAUAUGGAAGAAAGCAAACAGAAACUAAAUGCAUCCAGUUCAUCAGAAGGCAGCACAGUUGAUAUUGCUCCUCCUGGAGAGGGCGAGCAAGCAGAAAUUGAAAGUGAAGAAGCUCUUGAACCAGAAGCCUGUUUUACAGAAGGUUGUGUGCAGAAAUUUCCAUGUUGUCAAGUAAGUAUAGAGGAUGGCAAAGGAAAAAUUUGGUGGAAUCUUAGAAAAACCUGCUACAGCAUAGUUGAGCACAACUGGUUUGAGACUUUCAUUGUCUUCAUGAUUCUCCUCAGCAGUGGAGCACUAGCUUUUGAAGAUAUAUAUAUUGAACAGCGCAAAACUAUCAAGACCAUGCUGGAAUAUGCUGACAAAGUUUUUACAUAUAUUUUCAUUUUGGAAAUGCUUUUAAAAUGGGUAGCAUAUGGUUUUCAAAUAUAUUUUACUAAUGCCUGGUGUUGGCUGGACUUCUUGAUUGUUGAUGUCUCAUUGGUUAGUUUGAUAGCCAAUGCUUUGGGCUAUUCCGAACUUGGUGCCAUUAAAUCGCUUCGGACAUUAAGAGCUUUAAGACCUUUAAGAGCCUUGUCACGAUUUGAAGGAAUGAGGGUCGUUGUAAAUGCCCUUGUAGGAGCAAUUCCAUCUAUCAUGAAUGUAUUGCUGGUUUGUCUUAUAUUCUGGCUCAUCUUCAGCAUCAUGGGAGUAAAUCUGUUUGCUGGCAAAUUCUAUCACUGUGUCAACACCACAACUGGUGAGAUGUUUGAUGUCAGUGAUGUCAACAAUUAUACUCAGUGUGAGGAACUCAUACAAAACAAUCAAAGUGCCCGAUGGAAAAAUGUGAAAGUAAACUUUGAUAAUGUAGGAGCUGGAUAUCUUGCUCUGCUUCAAGUAGCUACUUUCAAAGGAUGGAUGGAUAUUAUGUAUGCUGCCGUUGAUUCACGAGAUGUAGAAGAUCAACCUAAGUAUGAGGACAACUUGUAUAUGUAUCUUUAUUUUGUCAUCUUUAUCAUAUUUGGAUCAUUCUUUACCUUGAACCUUUUCAUUGGUGUCAUUAUAGACAACUUCAACCAACAAAAAAAGAAGUUUGGAGGUCAGGAUAUAUUUAUGACGGAAGAACAGAAGAAAUAUUACAAUGCAAUGAAAAAACUGGGAUCCAAAAAGCCACAGAAACCUAUACCGAGGCCAGUGAACAAAUUCCAAGGCAUGGUCUUUGAUUUUGUAACCAAACAAGUAUUUGACAUCAGCAUCAUGAUACUCAUCUGCCUUAACAUGGUCACAAUGAUGGUAGAAACAGAUGACCAGAGUAAAGAAAUGGAAACAAUUUUAUCCCGGAUUAACCUUGUGUUCAUUAUCCUUUUCACUGGAGAAUGUGUCCUGAAAUUGAUUUCACUUCGCCAUUACUACUUCACUAUAGGCUGGAAUAUUUUUGAUUUUGUGGUUGUGAUUCUCUCCAUAGUAGGUAUGUUCUUAGCUGAGAUGAUUGAGAAAUACUUUGUGUCCCCGACACUAUUCAGAGUCAUCCGACUUGCCAGAAUCGGUCGAAUCCUGCGUCUCAUUAAAGGCGCUAAGGGAAUCCGCACUCUGCUUUUUGCUUUGAUGAUGUCUCUUCCUGCUUUGUUCAACAUUGGUCUGCUGCUGUUCCUGGUCAUGUUUAUCUAUGCGAUAUUUGGCAUGUCCAACUUUGCCUAUGUUAAGCGGGAAGUUGGGAUUGAUGACAUGUUCAACUUUGAAACAUUUGGCAACAGCAUGAUCUGCCUAUUUCAAAUUACCACAUCUGCUGGCUGGGAUGGCUUGCUAGCCCCAAUUCUUAACAGUGGGGAGCCAGACUGUGACCCCCAUAAAGAUCAUCCGGGGAGCUCUGUGAAAGGCGACUGCGGCAACCCUUCCGUUGGGAUUUUCUUCUUUGUCAGCUACAUUAUCAUAUCAUUUCUGGUAGUGGUGAACAUGUACAUUGCUGUGAUUUUGGAGAACUUCAGCGUUGCUACUGAAGAAAGCGCUGAACCCUUGAGUGAGGACGAUUUUGAGAUGUUCUAUGAAGUUUGGGAGAAGUUUGAUCCCGAUGCAACACAAUUCAUAGAAUACAGUAAACUAUCAGAUUUUGCAGCUUCGUUAGAUCCUCCUCUUCUUAUAGCAAAACCAAACAAAGUCCAGCUUAUUGCAAUGGAUCUGCCCAUGGUAAGCGGCGACAGAAUUCACUGCCUUGACAUUUUGUUUGCUUUCACAAAGCGUGUUUUGGGGGAAAGUGGGGAGAUGGACGCCCUCAGAAUACAGAUGGAAGAUCGGUUUAUGGCAGCUAAUCCUUCUAAAGUCUCCUAUGAACCAAUUACAACCACAUUAAAACGGAAACAGGAGGAAGUAUCUGCUGUCAUUAUUCAGCGUGCUUACAGGCAUUACCUUUUAAGGCAAAAAGUUAAAAAGGUGUCUAGUAUAUACAACAGAAAUAAAAACAAAGGAGAUGGACCAGUUAUAAAAGAGAUAAUUAUUGAUAAACUAAAUGGGAACUCCACUCCAGAAAAAACAGAUGAGAGUUCCUCCACAACUUCCCCACCUUCUUAUGACAGCGUAACAAAGCCAGACAAAGAAAAAUAUGAAAAAGAUAAAGCAGAAAAGAAUUACAAAGGUAAAGAUGUCAGGGGAAAUAAAAAAUAA